AUGGUCAGGCUGUUGCUGCUGCUUCUCCUGUGCACGUGCGCCAGCUGGGCCCUGCUCAGGGUUCCACUGAGGCGGGCGCCUUCCAUUCGCUCGCAGCUGCGGGCCAGUGGUCAGCUACAGUACUUCCUGCGGGAUCACCACCCCGACGCCUUCAGCCGCCGCUACGCUCACUGCUUCCCUGCCGGAACGCCGUCCCUGCACCUCCAACGUUCCAGCGAGAAGCUCUACAACUUUAUGGACGCUCAGUACUACGGUGAAAUCAGCCUUGGGACUCCAGAACAGAACUUUUCUGUCAUCUUUGACACCGGUUCAGCUGACCUGUGGGUGCCAUCGUCAUACUGUGUCAGCCAGGCCUGCGGUACCGUGCACAAACGAUUCAGAGCAUUCGAGUCGACUUCAUUUCGCCAUGAUGGGCGAACUUUUGGCAUCCAUUAUGGAUCGGGACACCUGCUUGGAGUCAUGGCCAGAGACACGCUGAAGGUGGGGGGCAUGACCGUCCUCGGCCAGGAGUUUGGCGAGUCCGUCUACGAGCCCGGCUCCACUUUCGUCCUGGCGAGGUUCGAUGGCGUUCUGGGGAUGGCGUACCCACCCCUGGCGGAGAUCCUGGGAAACCCCGUUUUUGACAACAUGAUGGCUCAGAAGGGGGUGGAGGCGCCUGUCUUCUCCUUCUACCUCAGCAGGAAGUCGAGUGGCGGCGGCAUUGACGGGGAACUGGUGUUUGGCGGCAUUGAUGAGGCCUUGUACAACGGACCGAUUGCGUGGCUUCCCGUCACAGCCAAAGGCUACUGGCAGAUCAAGAUGGACAGCGUGGAGGUCCAAGGUGUAAGCUCCUUCUGUCCUCGCGGCUGCCAGGCCAUCGUGGACACGGGGACCUCCCUCAUCGCCGGGCCAACCAAUGACAUCCUCAUCCUUCAGCAGCUGAUUGGAGCCACGCCCACAAACAUCGGCGAGUUCCUCAUCGACUGCGCCAGGGUGUCCAGUUUGCCGCGCAUCACUUUCAUCCUGGGCGGGAUGGGGUACAUGUUGACGGCGGAGCGCUACGUGAGGAAGGUCAGCAUGGAGAUGCUGGCUGACCGAGAGCUGUGCUUCAGCGGCUUCCAGGCAGUGGACAUUGUCUCGCCACAAGGCCCCCUGUGGAUUCUGGGAGAUGUAUUCCUCAGCGAGUAUUACAGCGUCUUCGACAGAGGACAGGACCGCGUUGGUUUUGCGCAGGCUCGCCAUCCAGCUGACCAUUAA